AUGGCGGAAGAGAUCAACUUUUGCAUUGGCGUCUGGAAGCUAUGCAAGCAGUACAACAUCCUCUUCAUCGCAGACGAAGUUCGAAUGGGUUCUUGCAAAACUGGCAGGUUCUUGAGCUCUGACUGGAUGGGACCCGAGCACAAACCAGACAUGGUGACCAUGGGCAAGUCCAUCUCCGGAGGUGUCUGGCCAACCUCAUUUGUGCUUGGCCCCGAUGAAGUCAUGAAUAAAAUGAAGCCAUACCACUCAGUCAGCACAUUCUCAAUGUCUUCAAUGGCCGUCACAGGUGUGACCACCGCAUUGGAUAUCUACGAGGAGGAGAACCUACAGCAGCGAGCCCAAGACAUCCAUGCCAAAUGGAGCGCGGAAACAUCGACGUGGAACUUCCCCUGGCUGCGAUAUUGUCCCGCUUUCGGCGCAGACUUGAAUAUUUUGCUGGACACAGAGUACGAAAGUAGAUCGGAGAACAUUACUCCCCGCCGGUUUUCAUUGCUGUGCGCUAGCAAAGGCCUACUCGUCUUUCCUGGCCCCAAUGGUCGCAUUCGUUUGGGAGUCGCCUUAACCAUUCCUGAUGAAGAUCUCUUCCAAGGUUUCAAGAUUCUAAAGGAGGCAUUGAAAGAGUUGCCACAAUACGGCGAGAUUGAAGGUUCCGAAGAAACCAAGGGUGCAUUUUGA